GAGAGGCAGAUAGAGGAACCUGCUGCCAAGCUCAAGACGGUACCCAGCAUCAGGUAUAUCUUGCAGCAACUCCAGCCACACAGACGACUUAGCACCACUGACAACUCUCAACCCGACGCCUUCAACGGCUGAGUCCUUGCAGUGACCAGCCUCUCUCUCUCUCCAAGCCCUGAACAGCCUCAGUCUAGUCGUGACCAGCAGCCUCCACCUCCACCGUGCUCUGCCUGCCUCUAGCCUCUGCCUCUGACCAGCAUCUUCCUCUGCCUCUGAGCAGCCUCUGCCUCUGACCAGCCUCUCCACACACACCGUGGGCCCCUGAUAAUGAUGAUGUUCCAGAAGCAAGUUCACCCUUCUGGCCCCCAGUGCUCGGUCAUCCAGGGCGGGUACACGUCUCCCACAUCCCUCUCCUACUCUGUGCUGAGUCACGCGGGGGGGCAUUCAGCUGGGGCAGCAUUGGGGGGCCACAUGGGGGUGACCCCCGACAGCACCCCCACCUCGGUCAGCCACCAAGGCCACAUGAGCCAGGAUGCGGGCAACGGGCUGUACUGCACCGCGAUGGGCUCUGCUCAGGGCUCCGGGAUGGGCUACAUGACCACGGCUGCCUGCUCCACUGGCAACAUGGGAGACCACCAGGCCCAGCAGAACCACAUGGCACAACAGCAGGACUUCCCCUCCUUCCUCCUGCCCCCUCCUCCUCCUCCUCCGUCCUCUGCCACGGCUCUCCACCGGCCGCCCAUGUCCAAGAAGGGCGUGAACAAGGACAGCCUGGAGUACCGUCUGCGUCGGGAGCGCAACAACAUCGCGGUGCGCAAGAGCCGGGACAAGGCGCGGCGUCGCAUCCAGCUGACCCAGCAGCGGGCCCUGCAGCUGCAACAGGAGAACCAGCGGCUGACGCUGCUCAUCGACCAGCUGACCCACGAGCUGGACACCCUGCGCCACUACCUGGCACAGAGGCCGGCGCCACCCCUGCAGCGCGCCAAGACUGAGGGGGACGCCUGCUGACCAGCUACUGUACAAGCACCACACAAUACACAACACACCCUAUGCUGAAUACAGUACAUAUGCACGUGUACGUGCGUGCACACACAGGCACGCACGCACACACACACACACACACACACACACACACACACACACACACACACACACACACACACAGCGCUCCAAGACUGAGAAGGGCAGCAGCUGACUUGUCAGCAGCCGGGUGAAACGGCAUAUACACCUCAUAUACGUACAUCACACACUCAUACCUUUCACUCACAAGGCAUAUACAUGAAAACAGCAAAUGAAUGUCAAAUAUUUCACACAGAAACAGACCUGCAUUGUGCCAUACAUUGUUAUGGUAUGGUGUGCUCUGGCGAAUAACCUACAUGGGGUCAAGCGAACAGGUGCCCAUUUAGCUGGUUGUGCCAGCCAGAUUUUGCCACGCAUAAAGAAACAAAAACCAAACUUUAAAAGCAACUGUACAGCCUUUUAUAAAUCAGCAUCUUCUAUUGUUAUUGUCCUUGUGCAUUGUAUGUACAUUUUUUGUAUGCAUAUUUUUCAGAAUGAUUACAGUAAUGUUUCUGAUUGAUAUCUUUUGUAAACUAUAAUGUGUGAAUAAAAAAUGUUGAAUGUAAAUAA